GCGAGGGGGGCGCAGAGAGCGAAGGAGUGAUCAAGGUGGGGGGGGCGCCGCGGGAGCGGGGGGCCGUGUCCAGCGGAGUUAGCGGCGGAGAAUGUGAGCCGAGACGCGAGCCAUGCUGUCAGCAACGGCGGGCGGCUCAGGGCUCCUCCACGACUCCUCUCCCCAGCAGCCGGGCGCCCGCGUCGCUGCCGCCGCCGGAAGACUGACGCCCCCCAAAGCCCCUCGCCUGGCUCGGACCCACGGAGCCGGCAGCCCAGCACUCCGAUGGGAGCUUGCCUACCUGUCUACCCAUCGGCCUGGACCCCAGAGCCUGCCCAGCUAAGUGCGUGCAGAGGGCCCCGGUUUCGGGGCAACUCUCAGGCGGCCGCAGAGACCACCCUAGAAUCCCUGGCAAAGACAGGCCUUUCCUGCUGAGCCAGACCUUGUCUACACAGCCUGCUCAGCUCUUAUCCCACUAAUAAUUAAAUCAUUUAUGAUUAUCUGAUCACUGUUUGUCUACCCGGUCUUUGUGCAAAGUAGGCACUCCAUAAGUAAUGAGUGUAUGAAUGAAUGAUGUUACUUCAUCUCUGAGCCUCCAUUUCUUCAUCUGCAAGACGGGGUUAUUAAUAGCCCCUACCUCACAGGAUUUGUAUGAAGAAUUAAGUGAAACGAUGCCUGGACAGCUUCCAGCCCAGUGCCUGGCGCGCAGUAGGUGCUCACUAAACCUGAGCUGCGAUGGUCCUUUCCAGGCGCUGUCCACACCCCGAGGCCUGGGCUCAGGCCGAAGUUGCUCCACAGCUCCCCCAGCUGACAGCCAGCACCUGGCAGAGCCCCCAGGCACGGGGGCCCUCUCUCUCCCAGAGAUCUCCAGUGUGACAGCCCAAGCGGCAGAGCCGAGGGUCCUGGUCCCGGCUUCUCGCACCCUCAUGUCCGCCCCGGCCCCGCCCGGCGGCCCGCGGAGGACAAGGUCAGGAUGCGUGUGAAGCCCCAGGGCCUGGUGGUGACUUCCAGUGCCGUGUGCAGCUCUCCUGACUACCUCCGGGAGCCCAAGUACUACCCCGGCGGCCCCCCCACCCCACGGCCCUUGCUUCCCACCCGGCCCCCUGCCAGCCCACCUGACAAGGCCUUCGCCCACACCUUCUCUGAGAACCCACGCCCACCCCCACGCCGGGACCCCAGCACCCGGCGCCCACCAGUCCUUGCCAAGGGGGACGACCCGCUGCCCCCGAGGGCAGCCCGUCCCGUCUCACAGGCCCGCUGCCCCACCCCCGCGGGAGACGGCAACAGCUCCCAACGGCGCUGGGACAACGGGCGGGUGAAGCUGCGUCCCGUGGUGCGGCUGAUUGACAUCAUGAAGGACCUGACACGGCUCUCCCAGGACCUGCAGCACAGCGGCGUGCACCUGGACUGCGGUGGCCUCAGACUCAGCCGCCCACCUGCCCCGCCCCCCGGUGACCUGCAGUAUAGCUUCUUCUCCUCACCCAGCCUGGCCAACAGCAUCCGCAGCCCCGAGGAGCGGGCUGCCCCCCACUCCAAGUCGGAGAGGCCCAGCCACCCCCUCUAUGAGCCUGAGCCCGAGCCUAGGGACAGUCCCCAGCCUGGCCAAGGCCAUAGUCCUGGGGCCACGGCCGCGGCCACCGGGCUGCCCCCGGAGCCUGAGCCAGACGGCCCUGAUUACUCGGAACUUGCAGAUGCCGACAUCCUCAGCGAGCUGGCCUCCCUUACUUGCCCCGAGGCCCAGCUGCUGGAGGCCCAGGCCCUUGAGCCACCAUCUCCUGAGCCAGAGCCUCAGCUCCUGGACCCCCAGCCCCGCUUCCUGGACCCACAGGCACUAGAGCCGCUCGGGGAAGCUUUGGAGUUGCCACCCCUGCAACCUCUUGCUGAUCCUCUGGGGCUGCCAGGCCUGGCGUUACAGGCCCUGGAUACCCUGCCCGACUCCCUGGAGUCGCAGCUGCUUGACCCUCAGGCACUCGACCCCCUGCCCAAGUUGCUUGACGUCCCUGGCCGCCGUCUGGAGCCCCAGCAGCCCCUGGGGCCCUGCCCACUGGGCGAGCCCUUGCGCCUGGACUUGUGUUCACCCCAUGGCCCCCACGGGCCUGAGGGUCACCCCAAGUACGCCUUGCGGCGCACUGAUAGGCCAAAGAUCCUGUGUCGCCGGCGGAAAGCUGGACGGGGGCGCAAGGCAGACGCCGGGCCGGAGGGCCGCCUGCUGCCCCUGCCUAUGCCCACAGGGCUGGUGGCCGCCUUGGCCGAGCCCCCGCCACCACCGCCUCCACCACCUCCUGCCCUGCCAGGCCCGGGCCUAGUCCCAGAGCUGGAGCCAGAAUCUUCCCAGACUCCAGGGGUCCCCAGCCGCAAAGGCAAGUGCCGGGGCGUGCGGCGCAUGGUGGUGAAAAUGGCCAAAAUCCCCGUAUCGCUGGGACGGCGGAACAAGACCACGUACAAGGUGUCCUCCUUGAGCAGCAGUCUGAGCGUGGAGGGCAAGGAGCUGGGCCUGCGCGUGUCCGCGGAGCCCACGCCACUGCUGAAGAUGAAGAACAACGGACGGAACGUGGUGGUGGUCUUCCCCCCCGGGGAGAUGCCCAUUAUUCUUAAGCGGAAACGCGGCCGCCCUCCUAAGAACCUGCUGCUGGGUCCUGGCAAGCCCAAGGAGCCGGCAGUGGUCGCGGCCGAAGCAGCCACCGUGGCCGCGGCCACCAUGGCCAUGCCGGAGGUGAAGAAACGGCGGCGGCGGAAGCAGAAGCUGGCCUCCCCGCAGCCGUCGUAUGCGGCAGACGCCAAUGACAGUAAGGCCGAGUACUCCGACGUUCUGGCCAAGCUGGCCUUCCUGAAUCGCCAGAGCCAGUGCUCUGGGCGCUGCUCGCCCCCCCGCUGCUGGACACCCAGCGAGCCCGAGUCGGUACACCAGGCACCCGACACCCAGAGCAUCUCCCAUUUCCUGCACCGGGUGCAGGGCUUCCGACGGCGUGGCGGUAAAGCAGGCGGUUUUGGUGGCCGGGGUGGGGGCCAUGCCGCCAAGGCGGCCCGAUGCUCCUUCAGUGACUUUUUCGAGGGCAUUGGCAAGAAAAAGAAGGUGGUGGCAGUGGCAGCUGCUGGCGUCGGGGGCCCCAGCCUCACCGAGUUGGGGCACCCACGCAAGCGGGGCCGGGGGGAGGUGGACGCCAUGACUGGGAAGCCCAAGCGCAAGAGGCGGUCCCGGAAGAAUGGGACUCUGUUCCCAGAGCAGGUGCCUAGCGGCCCGGGCUUUGGGGAGGCCGGCGCCGAGUGGGCCGGGGACAAGGGCGGCGGCUGGGCCCCUCACCAUGGGCACCCAGGCGGGCAAGCCGGCCGAAACUGUGGGUUCCAGGGGACCGAGGCCCAGGCCUUUGCCUCCACCGGGCUGGAGAGCGGGGCCUCGGGCCGCGGCAGCUACUACAGCGGUGGCGCCCCCGCAGGCCAGGCCGAGCUCAGCCAGGAGCGCCAAAACCUCUUCACCGGCUAUUUUCGCUCACUGCUCGAUUCGGAUGACUCCUCCGACCUCUUAGACUUUGCCCUCUCAGCCUCUCGCCCGGAGUCCCGGAAGGCAUCAGGCACCUACGCAGGGCCCCCCACCAGCACCCUGCCUGCCCAGCGGGGCCUGGCCACCUUCCCCAGCCGGGGGGCCAAGGCCAGCCCAGUGGCGGUGGGCAGCAGUGGGGCUGGUGCGGAGCCCUCCUUCCAGCCUGUCCUGCCCGCUCGCCAGACCUUCCCGCCGGGCCGGGCGGCGAGCUACGGGAUCACUCCAGCCACUUCAGACUGCCGGGCAGCCGAGACCUUCCCGAAGCUGGCGCCCCCGCCGUCGGCCGUGGCCCGCUCCCCGACCGCCCACCCGCCCGCCAGCACCUACCCACCUCAGUACGGUGGCUACGGGGCCGGACAGAGCGUUUUUGCCGCAGCUAAGCCCUUCACGGGCCAGGACUGUGCUAACAGCAAGGACUGCAGCUUCGCCUAUGGCAGUGGCAACAGCCUGCCUGCCUCCCCCAGCAGCGCCCACAGCGCCGGCUACGCCCCACCGCCUACGGGGGGCCCCUGCCUGCCACCCAGCAAGGCCUCGUUCUUCAACAGCUCUGAGGGGGCCCCCUUCUCUGGCUCAGCCCCCACGCCCCUGCGCUGUGACAGCCGGGCCAGCACCGUCUCUCCCGGCGGCUACAUGGUACCCAAGGGCACCACGGCCUCUGCCGCCUCCUCCUCCUCCUCCUCCUUCCAGCCCUCGCCUGAAAACUGUCGGCAGUUCGCGGGGGCUUCUCAGUGGCCUUUCCGGCAGGGCUAUGGAGGCCUGGACUGGGCCUCAGAGGCCUUCAGUCAGCUCUACAAUCCCGGUUUCGACUGCCACGUCAGCGAGCCCAACGUGAUCCUGGACAUCUCCAACUACACGCCGCAGAAGGUGAAGCAGCAGACGGCUGUGUCCGAGACCUUCUCCGAGUCGUCGUCCGACAGCACCCAGUUCAAUCAGCCGGUGGGCGGCGGCUUUCGGCGCGCCAACAGCGAGGCCUCGAGCAGCGAGGGCCAGUCAAGCCUGUCCAGCCUGGAGAAACUGAUGAUGGACUGGAACGAGGCAUCCUCUGCCCCCGGCUACAACUGGAACCAGAGCGUCCUUUUCCAGAGCAGCUCCAAGCCGGGCCGCGGACGGCGGAAGAAGGUGGACCUGUUCGAGGCCUCACAUCUGGGCUUCCCGUCAUCCGCCUCGGCCACCGCCUCAGGCUACCCGUCCAAACGGAGCACCGGGCCCCGGCAGCCGCGGGGUGGACGGGGUGGUGGGGCCUGCUCAGCUAAGAAGGAGCGGGGCGGGGCGGCCGCCAAAGCCAAGUUCAUCCCCAAGCCACAGCCCGUCAACCCCCUGUUCCAGGACAGCCCGGACCUCGGCCUGGACUACUACAGUGGGGACAGCAGCAUGUCACCACUGCCCUCCCAGUCGAGGGCCUUCAGCGUGGGUGAGCGAGACCCUUGUGACUUCAUGGGACCCUACUCCAUGAACCCGUCCACUCCUUCUGACGGCACCUUCGGCCAAGGCUUCCACUGCGACUCGCCCAGCCUGGGUGCUCCUGAUCUAGAUGGCAAGCAUUUCCCGCCUCUGGCCCACCCACCCACAGUGUUUGAUGCUGGUCUGCAGAAGGCCUACUCACCCACCUGCUCACCCACGCUGGGUUUCAAGGAGGAGCUGCGGCCGCCCCCCACAAAGCUGGCUGCCUGUGAGCCCCUCAAGCACGGGCUCCAGGGGGCCAGCCUGGGCCAUGCGGCUGCAGCCCAGGCCCACCUCAGCUGCCGGGACCUGCCGCUGGGCCAGCCCCACUACGACUCCCCCAGCUGCAAGGGCACAGCUUACUGGUACCCGCCGGGCUCGGCUGCCCGCAGCCCACCCUAUGAAGGGAAGGUGGGUACGGGGCUGCUGGCUGACUUCCUGGGCAGGACGGAGGCCGCGUGCCUCAGUGCCCCACACCUGGCCAGCCCACCGGCCACACCCAAGGCCGACAAGGAGCCACUGGAGAUGGCCCGGCCGCCCGGCCCACCCCGUGGCCCUGCCGCCGCCGCCGCUGGCUACGGCUGCCCGCUCCUUAGUGACUUGACCCUGUCCCCUGUGCCGAGGGACUCGCUGCUGCCCCUGCAGGAUACCGCCUACAGGUAUCCAGGCUUUCUGCCGCAGGCGCAUCCCGGCCUGGGUGGGGGCCCCAAGAGCGGCUUCCUGGGGCCCAUGGCGGAACCUCACCCUGAGGACACAUUCACCGUCACCUCCCUGUAGUGCCAACUGAAGUGCCGACUGGACCUCGAGGUUUUGUUCCUGGCUUUCAGAAAACCAACGCCAAGACCCCUCCCAGCGUCCACAUUGUCCUCUGGCAGGAGCGCCUGCCCCUUUGCCUCCCACCCCACCCCACCUGCCUCCCUUGCACUACCAUCUCCCCCCCACCCCUCCCCGCCCAUCUCCUCCACGCAGAAGCCGAAGGUGAGCCCUUUCUGCACAAAACCAGCAAUUGUAAAUACUUUUUAAAAAUGUACAAAACUUAAAAACAAAACACAGUUUUAGAAAAAGACAAAAAAAAAAGAGAGAGAGAGAGCGCGAGCGUGUGCAAGAGGUUGCGAGCGGGGCCCCGAGGUGUCCAGAGCCCCUGCAAGUAUGCACUGAGAAAUUUAUCUACAGGUCGUUUGACAAAAAUGAACAAUAUCCUAUUUAUUGUAUAUACUGUUUUAUUAUAAAUCGUGGAUUGUAUAUUGCAUUCUGUAAACCUGCUGUGGUCCCGUGGUGUGCAAAUUCGCAUGGUGGGGGGGAGGGGGCAGAACCUCUUGCGGGAGCUUUUUUUUUUUUUUUUUCUCCUUUUUUUCUUAUUUUUCACUCUUUUGGGUUUUCUCUUCUGUUGUUGUUGUUGUUUUCUGUUUUGGCAGGACACACCCAAAGAUCCAAGUUUGUAUUAAAAAGAAAUGAAAAAAAGCAAAAAAAAAAAAAACCCACCUCGUGUCUUGUGAAAGGGGGUGAGUGAGGGUGGAUGGAAUGGAAGAGGCAUGGCUGGGUUUUGUUACCAGACACUGGCUCCCCUGAGUGGAAAUACCUUCAUGUGUUCUCACCUUCUGAGGUCUCCCUUCUGCCUGAGAUCUGAGUCAGCUUUGCAUCUGGGAACCGCGCCCCCCUCCCAGAUUACAGCCCAGGCCCUGGGUCUCCCCUGCCGUGAUCCCCAGCCUGCUCCCUAGGGCUUUGUGGCCCCUGUCCAUGCAUUAUGUCCCAGAUCCAGGGAUUCUGCCUCCUAGAUCCUUGGCCUUGGUCCUGGGUCUCCCCUGAUUCUGAAACCCCUAUUGUGUCCCACACCCCAGGACCCCACAAGUACGGGGAUGCUGGCCUCUUGAACCCCUUUUCUCCCCUCAAGUCCUAGAUUUCUUUUCCUGGAGGGAUCCCCAUUAUAAAUCAGGUCUCGAGUCUCCUUGCUUCCAGACCCUCUCAUUCCAUCCUGGAUCCCAGGUCUCUUGACUCCAGCCCCUUCCUUUACACUGUGGCACCCCAGCCUUUGGGCCCUGCAGUUCUCCUCCGGUUCAGGGACACCUGUCUUUGAGACCCUCAUGCCGUCUUGGCCCAAGAACCCUUGUGGAACACCCCCUUUCCCACAAGGACUGGAGUAUCUCCCAUUCACCCCAGGUCCUGGAUCUCCUUAGUCUCCAGGCCCCCCAUUUUGCCCCAGCACACCUGACGCACCUGCAUCUAUCUGCCUGUGCGAAUUCCAGAGUUGAUAGGCCAGUAACCCUGAUAUUUCUGCCUUCCCCCUUCCCCUGAACCCCAAAUGCUGGGGCUGUUUUCUCCCAGCAUUUGUAAACUUUUAUACAAAGUUUGAGAAAACUCAAUCCCGUGCCUAUAUCUGGUGGGCCUGGAAAGGCUAAAUUGUUCCCCACUCCCUGACCUUGGGAGCUUUUGGCUGCCCUUGAUCAAAUAAUGCCCACUUGGGGCAGCCUGGUCUUUAACACGCGGCUUUUCCCAUAGAUCUGCUUCAUGUUAAACCUCUGCUGAAUGUGGCUCUGUGUCUCCCCACUGAAGAUCAGGGGGACCCCGAGGGACAGCUCCACGGGGCCCACACAGCCUUAGGAGAGUCUGAGGAACCCUCUGAGGGGGAGACACAGACCGCCAGCUUCUGGGGACCCCUAUCUGAAAGAGGACAUCAGAGGAUUCAAGUAAAACAGUCCCCCAAAACUGAAGCCUCUGUGCUGGAUGUGAGGCUUAUCCACCCACCAAGCCCCCUCUCUGCAUCCCCAACAACUCAGAUGAAGUCACUGCCACCUCACUGCCUGGUGAGGCAAAGGCGACCACACGAAGCUCAAGGCUACAAUCCAGUAUGGUGCUGCACGUGGGGG